CUCCAGCCUACAUCAUCGCCAACCAACUUCAACAGCUUCCCCGCGGGUUGUUUCACCACCACGACAACGCUUCUUUCCCUUCUACUGCGCCGAGCUUUGAUUUAACUCUCUAAGAAGCUUGUGUAGCCUCUAUCCCUUCAAAAUGGCGAACCAAACCCCUGCCGUUGUCAUGGACAACGGCACGGGAUUCUCUAAACUUGGUUUCGCCGGUAACGACUCUCCCUCAUUCGUUUUUCCAACCGCGAUAGCUACGAAGGGAGGAGCAGCUGGUAGUGGUGGAACGGGUUCCGGACGACCGGCCGUAGCAAACAAGCCGUCUUUCCUCACAGGGGGUGCUGGUCCCGCCGGCCAUCUCUCGACGAAAAGGGGUACCGAAGACCUAGAUUUCUUUAUCGGCGAUGAAGCAAUUGCUGCUGCGAGCGGUCCUGGUUAUGGUUUACACUACCCAAUCCGACACGGUCAAAUAGAGAACUGGGAUCACAUGGAAAGAUUUUGGUCCAACUCUAUCUUCAAAUAUCUCCGCGUCGAGCCUGAAGACCACUAUUUCCUGUUAACCGAACCCCCUUUGAACCCUCCCGAAAACCGAGAGAACACGGCCGAAAUCUUCUUCGAAUCAUUCAAUUGUGCCGGUCUCUAUAUCGCUGUCCAAGCUGUCCUCGCCCUUGCUGCAUCUUGGACAUCGGCGAAAGUGUCAGAUCGAUCCCUUACGGGUACCGUUAUCGACUCCGGUGAUGGUGUCACGCACGUCAUUCCCGUUGCUGAAGGUUACGUGAUUGGGUCCUCGAUUAAAUCCAUUCCGAUCGCCGGUCGAGACAUUACUUACUUCGUCCAAUCUCUCCUACGUGAUCGAGGAGAGCCCGAUAGCUCGUUGAAGACAGCCCAAGAAAUCAAAGAAGAAUACUGUUACGUGUGUCCCGAUAUUGUCAAGGAGUUUUCGAAGUUCGACCGGGAUCGUAGUCGAUUUGCCAAGCACGUCGUUUCACAACCGGGUGGUCGCCAGGUCACAGUCGACGUGGGGUACGAGCGGUUCCUUGCUCCUGAAAUAUUCUUCAAUCCCGAAAUCUACUCUUCCGACUUCCUUACGCCACUCCCCGUUGUCGUUGACGGCGUCAUCCAAUCCAGUCCGAUCGAUGUUCGACGAGGACUAUACAAGAACAUUGUCUUAUCAGGAGGUAGCACGUUAUACAAGGAUUUUGGACGAAGAUUGCAACGCGAUAUCAAGCACUUAGUUGACGCUCGAAUUCGAGCCAGCGAGGUUCGCAGCGGAGGAGCAAAGAGCGGUGGCUUGGAGGUGCAAGUCAUUACGCACAAGCGACAACGGCACGGUCCGUGGUUUGGUGGUAGUUUGCUAGGACAAACUCCCGAGUUCCGAUCGUAUUGCCACACCAAGGCCGAGUAUCAAGAAUAUGGACCAGGAAUCGUGCGGAGGUUUGCUCUACUUGGUGGACCUGGUGGUUCGUAAGGCAAAACUGAUAUUUAGUCGCGAUACCAGAUAGAGGGCGAGAAGGUGUAAACAGUGGAUGUGUAUCCAAAGAACAGCAAAGUGAUUAUUAGAACUAUGAAUGACUACCAAAAUUUUAUGGUAU